AUGACUCUUUCCACUCACCUUGAUGGUGGUGCUGUUAGUCUGCCAGGAGUUGGUGUUGGUCCUGCAUCCAAUAAGGGUGAGAAACGUCCUAUCGUAGCGAAGAGUAAUCCCCAUCAAGUUAAUGAGAGUGAGAAGGAUAAGAAACUAAAGGGCCCGAAAGGAGAAUUGAAUGACAGAUUACAAGGUCAUAACCAUGGGAAUGAAAAUCAAGAGGAAACUGUCGUAUCUCCCCCACUUCCUUUACAAGGUGUCAGUAUCAAUCAGCCUAGUCAGUUGACAGAGCAAGCAGAAGGUACGCAGAAG